AUGGGCAAUUUACCCGAGGUGAUCAUGGUCACCCAACUGUCAUACUUGAAGCAGUUGCAUCACAAGAUAUGUGGAUUUGGCAUUUUUUUUGGUUCUCCUAGUUCGAUUAACGACAUCAACGUUCUUAACCGUUCACCAAUAUUUAACAACAUAUACGAUGGAUCUGCACCAGAUUCUUUUUUUCAAGUGCGUGGAACGCCAUAUAAGUAUGGUUAUUAUCUGGUCGAUGAAAUCUAUCUUGAUUAUGUUGUGUUUGUUAAAUCGUUUUCAGCUCCACAUGGUUCUAGACGAAAGAAAUUCAAGAGAGCUCAAGAAAGAGCUAGAAAGAAUGUUGAGCGUGCUUUUGGAGCUCUGAAGAAACGGUGGUUCAUAUUGAAAAAACCAACAGCUUAUUUGGGCGAGGAAAAACUUCAAGAAAUCAUGUAUACAUGUAUUAUAUUGCAUAACAUGAUUAUUGAAGAUGAAGGAAAAGCGAUAUGUGCGUUUGACGAGGAAGAAACCAUACCAGAGACACAACCAAUAGAAAUUGAUGGCGAAGAGUAUAUAAACAGGACAGCAGAGAUACGUUGCACUGAAACAUUUCACAAUCUUCGCAAUGACUUGGUAGAACACAUUUACGGGGUUCAAAACAUUAACCUUAAUUUGGAUCCACCGGAUGACCCCGAAGACGAGUUCUCGGAGAACGAUUUUAUGUAG